AUGUCUGAAAUUGAGCAUUACGUAGAUCCUAAUAACAAGAAACAUAUCCGUUUUGAUGAAGUAAAAGACGUUAAACUUUCCUUGUUGCCACGACAUAUACAAAGUGAAGGUAAAACAAUACCUAUCGAAUUGACUAUUGGUGAAGCUGUCGAAAAAAGACUUCGCUUUCGUCAACAUAUGCCUAAUGAGAUGGCACAUUAUGCUUGUGACUGUUGGGAUGCAGAAAUUCAAAAAUGUGUCGGUUGUGCUGAUCGGUCUGCAUAUGAUUUGACCGUUCAUACAAACCGUACAAAAGAAAAGCUUAUCGUGCGUGAGACCUUAGCUGAGCCAUUGGUCUAUGAAAAAACUGUCCUGGAAAUCAACAAGAAAAUCUUUGGUCCUAAGCUGAGACAAAAUGCAAAAACGGUGGAAGAGUAUUUAAAUAACUUGAAUGAAGAACAAUUAGAAGCUUUGAAAAAGGAAUUAGAGCAUGGAAAUGGUAAAACCAUGGUCUCCUGUGCUGAUGGUAAUCAAUAUGAAAUAUCGAGUGAUUUUAUUACUAUUCAAAGACAGACAAUCACAGAACACGAAUAUAUUCCAAAUGUUAUAGAACCAUCUUUUGGUAUUGGUCGAAUCUUGUAUUCAUUGAUUGAACAUGUAUAUUGGACACGAGAAGGUGAUGAGCAAAGGGCGCUUCAUAUUGCCAUUAAGGUAGAUGACUCUUCCAAUUCGAUUGGACGUCGUUAUUCUCGUAACGAUGAGCUCGGUACACCAUUUGCGAUCACCAUUGAUUUUCAAUCUGUGAAUGAUGGCACUGUAACAUUGCGAGAGAGGGAUUCCACUAAACAGAUCAGAGAAGAGAUUGACACCAUACUUCAAGUUCUUAAAUAUUUGGUUGAAGAAGAUAUCACCUGGGAAAAAGUUUUAUCAAAAUAUCCUACAUUCGUACAACAAGAACUUGACGAUAACUGUUUGUAA